AUGGGGAUUUUGGAAAAAAUAUCUGAAAUCGAAAAAGAAAUCACUAGGACUCAAAAAAAUAAAGCUACGGAAUAUCACUUAGGCCUGUUAAAAGCUAAAUUAGCCAAAUACAGGUCUCAACUUCUUGAACCUUCCAAAAAAUCAGAAAAAGGAGAAGGGUUUGAUGUAUUAAAAUCAGGGGAUGCCAGAGUGGCAUUAAUUGGUUUUCCAUCGGUUGGUAAAAGUACACUUUUGAGUAUUUUGACUGCCACUGAAUCUGAAGCAGCCAGUUAUGAAUUCACUACUUUAACGUGUAUACCUGGAGUUAUUCAAUAUAAAGGAGCAAAUAUACAGUUAUUGGAUUUGCCUGGUAUAAUUGAAGGAGCUUCACAAGGUAAAGGACGAGGCAGACAAGUCAUUGCUGUUGCUCGAACUGCAGACCUGGUACUAAUGAUGUUAGAUGCCACAAAACAAGAUGUUCAAAGAGUUUUAUUAGAAAAAGAAUUGGAAUCAGUGGGCAUUAGACUUAAUAAGAAAAAACCCAAUAUUUAUUUUAAAAUAAAAAAAAGUGGUGGUUUAUCAUUUAAUGCUACAUGUCCUUUAACCAAAGUGGAUGAAAAAUUGGUGCAAAUGAUUCUUCAUGAAUAUAAAAUUUUUAAUGCAGAAGUUUUAUUUAGAGAAGACUGUACUGCUGAUGAAUUGAUUGAUGUUAUUUGUUCUAAUCGUGUUUAUAUACCCUGUUUAUAUUGUUAUAAUAAAAUUGAUCAAGUUUCCAUUGAAGAAGUCGACAGGAUUGCAAGGCAACCACACAGUGUCGUCGUUAGUUGCAAUAUGAAGUUAAAUUUAGAUUACUUAUUGGAGCAGUUAUGGGAAUAUUUAGCUCUUAUUAGAGUUUAUACUAAAAAACCUGGACAGCCUCCUGAUUUUGAAGAUAGUUUAAUAUUACGAAAGGGAGUGACAGUAGAACAUGUUUGCCAUGGUAUACACAGAACAUUAGCUGCAGCCUUUAAAUAUGCCUUAGUUUGGGGAACAAGCACCAAAUAUUCUCCUCAACGUGUAGGACUUCACCAUAUUAUGCAUGAUGAAGAUAUAAAAAUAUACAGACAGGACAUUGAGCAAUUUUGCAUAUUCAAUAAUAUUUUUGGGUAA